AUGUCUGUCUACGAAUCAUUUCAUAUGGUAGCUCCGUCAGUGACCUAUAUUCAAUGUCGGAAGAAUUGGCCGGUGUUGACACUUCAUCGUCAUCUCGCAAUUCCCCAAACGACGUCUACUGGUAUAGCUUCACAGCCUCGGAAUGAGAGAUUAACAGCGGCUCACCCUUUCCAAUUUCCAGAUACCACUAUACCCACUUCACCCGGGGAGACCACAAACUCGAGUUCGCUGCAAACAUCCCCAGGCGGCAUACCGGCCACUCCAAUUACACCGACAAGGACUCAAAUCGCGACCCCGUCGCCUGGUGACUUCUCCGAGAAAUUCCCCGAUGAAAAGAAAGUAGAAGCAGCGAAGAUAUCCAGUAUAAUUAUUGGAACGAUCCUAUUUAUCGCGAUAGUCAUUCUUGGACUCUUACUAGGCCGUAGUAAGUGGAAUAAAUCAGUGUCACAGACUUCACUGCGCAAAUUACACGAAGCAGAGGGAUCUACCGGACUUGUAUCGGUGCCCAUUCGAAGAAGAGUGCCAAGGCACGGCUCGCAGCGAAGCCAUACGUCAAGAGACGGGUUCAUUGCGUUCGACGAUCUCAGUCCUUCCGAAAGGUAUGCGCCAGCGCAGGAACUGCCCACCGUGGUUGAGGAGCGAUAUCACCAAGUGAGCACUGCCUCGAGCCCCAUCAGCCCCUGUGUGAGCUCGCCCCGCUAG